CCGAUUUGACCUAAACAGUGAAGAUGUCAGAUUGGAAAAGCAUCAUACCAAAAAAAUUCAACAACUGGUUUGUCUUUAUUGGGGUUUUCUUCGUUGUAUCACACUUCAGCGGUAAAUUCCUGGUGAAAUAUGUCAUAAAACCCGACGACAAUGUUGCCAAGGAAGAUGAAAACUGAGACGAGCAGCACUAACAGUAAUUGACACAGUUUGUGACCUACAUAUUAAAUUAACAAGAAGAAAUUAAGUCAUGAAGGCAAAGCAAAAGAAGACAUCUACUUUGACAAAGACCAGAAUGGUAAAGCCAAAGAAGUAUCAGAAAAAGUAUGCAGCUAAUGCCAGGUCUCAAAUAAAGAAUUCCACAGCUAAUGCCAGGUCUCAAAUAAAGAAUUCCACAGCUAAUGCCAGGUCUCAAAUAAAGAAUUCCACAGCUAAUGCCAGGUCUCAAAUAAAGAAUUCCACAGCCAUACGGUCUUCCAGUAAGCAAUCAAAGCAAAAUAUUAUAAAGAAGAAAGGGAGUGUUAAACUGAAUUCCAAGAAAAAACCAGUUGCUCUAUGUUUGAAGAAAAAAAUGAAGGCUGAUUCCUCAAAACAAAAAACAUCAAGAAAAACAAGUAUAAAGUCAAAGUUAAAUGCCCAGGAUGCUAAUGCAGCGUCUUGUAGUAGUGGAACCAAACCACCUAGUAAGAAAAGGCGUAUAAUUCCUCCUUGCACUCGAAAAACCCGGGCAAUGCUUUCGAAUGAACUUGGAGUUACACGCUUUACAUUGGACAAUGUUUUAAACUGCAAAUGCCCAGCAAGCCAGCAUUACACUUUCUACAUUGACGGGAAGAAGAAUCACGGAUGCAGCUGCGGAAAAAGAUUGUUCGAGUUCCUGAAAUUGACUGGACGCUUGGAAUCGAAAGAACCUGUGAUCGAGAACGCUGAAGAUAACUUUGCUAAGCUCUCAAUUGAAAUUCUGUGUUAUAUAUUCCAGUUUUUGUCUUUAAGAGAGUUGCUGAGGAUGGAGUCCUUGUCUACCAAAAUUCAGAAAGCUGUAAGAGCAAGACUCAAGCUUAUGAAAGACAUAGACUUGAUGGAAGAUAUUGCCGAUAGAAGAUUGUUUGAGGACGGUUUAAAAGGCCUAACAAACUUUUCCUUAAUGAGACUGAUUGCCAAGCUUCCCAAUGUUCAGAACAUCUUUAACUUUCAUCCAACAUUAGAUGGUAAAAAUGACUUGACUCUCCUUGGAAUUGCUGCUGCCCUAAUGUCUUCAAAGACAUUACAGGGGAUUGAGAUAUCAAACCUGGACCUUCUGGGGCUGAUAAGUGUGGAUGCUCCACAUUUGAAGAUCCUUGGUCAGUUUUCCAAUCGUCUUCGGUGUUUUCCUAGCGAAGUUAUGCCUUGUAAUGUCUUGGUAGCUGAAACAAAAGUAACCAGUCUGCAUUUAGUGGGUUGUAACCUGUUUUACUUACCACCAAUGGAUGCUCAUCUGGAGCAUUUGUAUCUAAGGUUUGUGAAGUUCACUAACCCGUCGCCGUUCAAAGAUUUCUCUGCAGUGAAGCUGAAAUCCUUCACGUAUGCCCACUGUAUUGGUCCAGACAGCACCAUGAAGUACAUACCACUGCUCAGUGCCCUGGCGGAUGCCCCUGGGCUGGCUAGACUGGAACUCCAGGGGAUUCCUUUCCUGAGUGGCAUCAUACAGAACAUCUGUGAGGACAAUUGGGAGAACGGUGGCUUCCGUCGGCUGAGAAGUAUCAUGUUUGGCUCGUGUAAGAACCCACUCGACUCUGACCUUGGAUACCUCAUUGUCACCUCUGCAGCUUACCUGGAGUCGCUGUAUAUCCAGCCUUCACUGACCAAGGAUGCGUUCUUCACAGCUCUCUCUGUAGCAGAUGUCACUAUCAACCCAGGCUUUGAAAAGCUGUGUCUGGGUUGGACAGACACCUUCCCCUACCCUGACAGAGAUGUGUGGACCAAUGCCCGACUGUCUGCGACCGGUUUUCAGGAGGAGCUAGACUCGGUAGCCUGGAUAACGGACGCAGGCAUGAGGAUGGUGGGGCAGAACUUCGCAGGGACUCGCACCCUAGAGAUCAGCCACUGUCCCCUGCUCUCCAACCCCAUACUCUGGUUCACUCCAGGUCAGCAGGUGUUUCACCACGUGUCCGAGGUCACACUACGUGACUGCCACGGGCUGAAGUGUGAGAGACUGAUCUCCCUGCUCACCUUUCUGCCCACUCUGGAGUAUCUCACGCUGGUAGACAUGUUUAAGGAACCACCCAAAGGGUGCUCCAGGGUAGGCCUGUCAGCAGGUACAGGACUGGGUGCUGCAACCUCAUUGAUGAACAACACCAUAGGCGGGGCCUAUGUCAUGGAGCCCCCUGGGGGUCUCAACAACAACAACCAUGGACCGCAGGGGCACCAGCAUGCCAACAACAACAACAACCAGGAUCACCAUGGAAACCCAGGUCAAAAUCCAGCACAUGACAAUCAAGGUCAAGGUCAUGAAGAUGUUGAUAGUGAGUCCAGUGACUCCGAUUCAGCCAGUGAAAAUGAAGGUGAUGAGGAUAAUGCCACCAAUCGGAAUGCUGCUAGGAAUGAAGGUGGUUACAACUUGAGGACUGGUCCAAGAGGAUCGUCUUCAACGAGUAGUCAAGAUAAUAAUGGUUCUGAUUUAAAGAAACAAAGCAGAAGAGCGUCUCAAAGACUUUCAUCCAGACGCAGCAACAGUGACCUAAACUCCCCCGGCCUGUCACGGGUAGAGGCAUCCCCUGGGGGAAGGGAAAGUGCCUGCGCUAGCUCUAGUAGGGGAACGGGGCAAUCCAAGGUGGUGUCAAAGAAGGGAAAAGCCCUGGUGACUAGGCACGGACUUGUGAGCAAGGUGAAGUCCAGUGUGAAGCAAGCGGAAUGUGAAGAAGUGACGGAGAAAGACACAGCGUCACCUGAGAAUAGUGUACUUACCAAGAAAAAAGGACCAAGAGCAUGUAUAUGCAAGAAAGUCAAGCAAGACAUUGGCUGCCAAGUGAAUUAUGAGGAAAUCAAGAACAGCCGACAGCAGAUCUCAAAGGCAAGGGUCAAGAAACGCUCAAGAGACAAGAUAAUUGUACCAGGCAAGUUCCAGUCCCAGUGUGCAGCCAAGGCCCCUGUGUGCCCACGUCACAAGGGUGAAGGUCACUUUGGGGUCAAGGUCAGGACGUGUGACAAGAAUGACAGCACACGUGACCCUGUAUGGGAGGAGGAUGAGCGCAGGGCCAUGGUGUUCCUACAUCGCAGACUGUGCUACCUACAGCUGGAUAAUGUUGGGAUCACAGAUAUAGAUAUUGUGUGCUACAACCUGAAAACUCUCACUAUCACGAGGUGUGCCACACUGAAGGUGGUGACUUUCAAGGAGGCUUCGUUCCUGGAGAAUGUCCACGUUUCUCAGUGUCGUAAACUGGAGGAAGAACUGCUACUGGAGAGUCUGUACAAGCUACCACCAAAUAGGAGCAAGUUUGUGUCCCUCAGGCCCAUGCACUAUACCAAUGAGAACCUGUUCCAUGACCUGAUGUUCUACAACGAUUUUCUGGGCUACAACUUUGGCACUCUGAUGAUGUUCGACUACAGUGCCACCCCCUCGCACACUGCCUACAACAAACACAGGAUGAAGUCCUGGAAGACACCCAUGGAGAAACUGGCAAGGGAGGUAGUCGAUGACUAUGGAUGGUGCCUAUUUCAUCAGAUGGACCCCCCAAACAAAGGACUCUUCAAACAGAAUGGUAAGAGUAUCGAUGGGAGUGAAUGGAGCCUUCACAUGGACGUGCCCUGGAUCAACAUGCUGUCCCAGUGUGAGGACAUGGAGUCACAGAACAUACAAAACAAAGACUGGCUUAGAGAGGGUGUAUACUGUCCUGAGGCCAAGGGUCACUUCAGUUUCUCGGACAUCUAUGGUGACCUGCAGGAUCAGCUCGAGGGUAUACCCCCUGACCAGGCUGGGCUCUACAUGCACAAUAUACUGACCUAUGUUAACAUGUGUGACAUUAGUGGCGUACCAAAAGAAGAUGCUUUAAGUUUUGCAUAGUUUCUGACUUGUGCAUGUGUGACAUUAAUGGUGUACGAUCAGAAGAUGCUCUGAGUUUUGCAUAGUUUCAGUCAAGAUCGGCCAAGAUUAUAAAUGGAUAACAUACAUACUUAUUUUAACAAGUGUUACAAUAAUGCCAUUAACAGAAGAUGCUCUGAGUUUUGCAUAGUUUCCAAAAAAUUCAAACAAUUAGUGAACCAGAUGUGAAUAGGACUCUCCAUGCUCAACAGACUUACUUGUAGAUGUGUGACAUUAUUGGCGUACCAACAGAAGAUGCAUUGAGUGUUGCAUUAUUACUGACUUUAAUGGAACCAGGUGUGAAUAGUCUUUGUGGUAAUUAACAGUUUUACAUGCACAAUAUACUUAGGUAGGUUAAUAUGUGUGUCAUAAAUUGCGUACAGAGAAGUCUCUGUGAUUUGCAUAUGAUUAUAUUCAUACCCAUAAUAUGUGCUACUUGAUUUUUACUUAGUUAUUGUAGUUUCAGCUGAUAAUUGUCUAUAAAGAAAGUCUGUUGAAUCUUAGGCAAAGCUAGUCAAGGCUUGUCAAACUUAAAAUGUCAAGCAAAUUUGUCCAGACUAUUUUGGUUGUUGGAAUAUUCUAAAGAAAAAUAAAGCCCUUAAUUUAUUGGCCAAAGUAAAGCUGUUUGAUGUUGAAAUUUUCCGAAGACUGUGAUUAUUCUGUACAUUUCCUGUAGUUCUAAGAGUAUGCAUGUCUUACAAUAUUAUUGACCCAAAAUUUCAUAGUAUACAAUACAAUACGCCUAAAGAUUUGCCCAGUUUUAAUCUUGUAGAUCUAUGACUGCCAUAGUAAAUAGAACAUUGAGCCAUGUACUUGUUUCAAUCCUCUAUAUAUACCAUGUAUAGUAUUGCUGACUUAAAAUAACAUGUUAAAGUUAAAUUAUGUUGGGAAAAGUAUUCUGACAUUCAUCUGCUGCUAGAUUGAACAUUGAAUCAGUAUUAUGUCAAUUAUAAUUGGUGCUUACUGUUUCUAUUGUGAAAUUAUUCUGUAUAAAAUGAUGUUGAAAUUUAUGAUUUAUGAUAAUCUAUGGGUACGAUUCAGCUAUUUAUUCUGCUAUUUAGUAUGUAAAUUAAAUGUUAGACAUGCAUAAUUAUACAAUAUGCAUAAUACAUGCUAAUAGUGAUAUUUUGAACACAAAACAUUCCACGCUUGAAAGACUAGAUAAAUUUAACUAGUAAAAUGUCAAAUGUUAAAAUAUUGCUGACCUAAGCACACAUGAGGAAUGAUUUUGAACAAGAUUUUGAUCCUCAUAUAUUAUGAUAAGUAUUUUCACAUUUUGUUUCAUAAAACUUUGUUGGUCAUUUUUCAAGAAACGCAUGGAGAAAUAGGGAAUAUAAUAUCGCUGUAAUACAUGCAAUUACAUGGCUUGCUAGAUGUUCAUAUGUGUAUGAAUGUAACAUUUUAUAUCAGAAUACACUUUGGCAUUUGUAUUUUAUUAGUUCACAUGUAUUUGUUGACAAUAUAAUACGUCACUAUAAUGUGAAUAUACCACAUCAUAUGACUUUAUGGAUUAGAAGAUAUAUAACAUUAUGUGAGUUUUGGAUAAAGAGCAAGUUUAUCAUGCGAGGCUUAGAAACCAUGGUUAUUUCUUCCCCUUUUACAGUAAUAAUAAUAAAAUAUCGCAUUUUUGGACGAUUUUAUCUUUCUGUAGUUGACAAAAACAUAUUCUCCAAUGUUCGGAAAACCCCAAAUCUGAUCUAAAAAUAGCGAUAGUAUUAAGCUAAAGUUUAUACGAUCGUAGUUAUACCUUGGAUUUUCAUCUGGUAAUAGAAUAAAAGUAUUAACGAUUUUAUUAUUUAUUAGACAGCUUUUAUGCCCCCCGGAUCAAAUGAUCGGGGGUAUAUUGUUUUUGGCCUGUAGUAUUGUAUGUGUCUGUCUGUCAUUGUAUGUGUAUGUCACAAACUUUAACCUUGGUUAAACAUUUGCAAUAACUUUGAUGAUAGCAACUUGAUAUUUGGCAUGCAUGUGUAUCUCAUGGAGCUGCACAUUUUGAGUGGUGAAAGGUCAAGGUCAAGGUCACUCCAAGGUCAAAGGUAAAAAAAAACUAUUUCAAAAACUGUAACCAAAACUUAAACCUUCUUCAUAACUUUUGCAAUAACUUUGAUGAUAGCAACUUGAUAUUUGGCAUGCAUGUGUAUCUCAUGGAGCUGCACAUUUUGAGUGGUGAAAGUUCAGGGUCAUGGUCAUCCUUCAAGGUCAAAGGUCAAAUAUAUUGCUUCAAAGCGGCGCAUUAGGGGGCAUUGUGUUUCUGACAAACACAUCUCUCGUUGUACGUCAUAUUAAACUUUCACUGGUU